AUGCAGGCCUCAGGAUCUGGCGCCGACUCAGGAGCUGAAGGAACCAAGGCGUCCUUGAGCGCUUCCGGCGCUGCCGGUUCGUCCCUCAACCGUCCUUCAUCACCCACUCCCCCUGGCGGACCACGGACAGCUCUGCGCCGCCGGGCUGCUGCAGACCACAAGGAAUCCAUCCGGAAUGCGCGCCCCACAUCGACACGAGCUGCUGGUGCUGGAGGUUCCUCUGGGACUAUGCUAAAGCUCUAUACGGACGAAAGCCCCGGAUUGAAGGUUGAUCCGGUUGUGGUGUUGGUGCUCAGUUUGGGCUUUAUAUUCUCAGUUGUUGGUUUACACGAUAGACAUUUUGAACUCAACCUCUGUCGAUGCCGUAUCCUCGACAACACCAUUCUUAUCGCGAAUCAAAAGUCUAAUCGAAGAAGCCUGUACGAUAUGACCGCUUGA